AUGAAAGACACAGCUCAACGGGUUGACGACUUAAUCGCCAACUCGAAUCACAUCUCCAAAUGGGUCGAGGAGCAGCCUAGUGAAGAACAAUCAAGUUGGGCCCAAUCGAUAUUCACAAGACUCCUCGAAAGUGCUUCUCAGCCCAAAGGCGCUUCUGGCAACUCAUGCGUGAAACUCUGCGGUUUUGUUGAGCAGUCGUCAAAAUCGCAGUCACAGAGUCUGAAACUCUGGGCCUAUUCUAGGGAUGUUACUAUAAAACUCUUCAACUUUUAUGUUGAAUGGAACGAGUCAGACAACCACCGGUCAAUGAAACUGGUUCUCGACCUGCUCCCUCAGCUCAUCAGGAGAAAUCCGGAUGAGAAAGCUGGCCAAGAGACCAAGUCUGCCAUCUUGGACAACCUCGUCUCGAUCGUGACCGGGAAAUCAUCAAAACCGCUGGCCAAAUCUGCCAUAAAGGCAUUGGACCAUCUCCUUACCAAGGACAUCGUCACCCUAGAUGAGAUACGGUCCAGCUAUGUCACUCUUCAACAAAAGGACACAUCAACAAACCACUUGGAUGUCUGGAAGUCUUUCCUUUUUGAGCUGUUCCACUGGAUGACGCUUCACUUUGUCUGCCCUGCUGCUGGAAGAUUUAUUGUCUGCUUGUACCGUGGUCUUAGAGGCCAAGACCAACGAGGAACUUCAGGACAGUUGAGCAUUGAGACUUGGCACAUAUGGCUGCUUGAGGCCAUAAACGAGGAGCCUUCCAUUCUAGAAUCAGUCAAGAACUAUAUCUUCCUCCCUCUGUUCAAGGGGGACAAGUCCGAGGCCCUGGGCUUCUUGAAGAGGAUGAAUGAACAUGAGGCUGUCUCUGCAGGCCAUGAGAUAGAUAUCAAUCUCCCCGCCCUGCUGCAGCUGGCAGCGUUAGAGAUCGGCAAGAAGGUUGGCUUAGUAGAAGAGCCAGCACUCGGUGAUGAUAAAUCUGCCGAUAGCGACUCAUCGAUUGUGCUCGACGAGAAGGUUCUGGAGAGUGUCUUGGCUCAUCCAUCUCACGAAGUUCGCUCUCUCGCACUUUCACUGCUCAUGAGCUCCCCGUCAACAACAAGGCCAUAUUCAUCCACAGCCCUUGACCUACUCCGCAAGCAUCUCGCCACAUACUUCGCCGAUUCUGAUGCCAAGUUCAGAAAUGAAGUAGCUGGAAAGGUUCGAGACAUGUUCAGAAGGGUCAGGGGUGCCAUUUUCGUGCUCAGGAAGAGCAUCCCAAGAGCCGCCGCUCGUAAGCAAAAAGAACAGCCAGGCCAGGCCCAGGAGCAACAUAUCCUUUAUCGGACCAAUCUUAUAUCUCUCCCCGAAGCUCAGCUGAUGCACUGCUUGGAGUAUCACGAGAAGUUCCUAUUUUGGUACAUUGGCUUCCUGUGCAGUGAGUUAACGCCCACUGCUUCUUAUCAACGGCAUAGCGCUUCUCUCAAGGCCGUCACUUUCGUCCUUCGAAUGGAAGGAGAAAAGUCCAAGACGUGGGAGACCGUAGAUGACCAGACACUAUUCUUUGACCAGUUUGGCAGCUCAUGGCUCCGAGCUUUGUCUGACCUGAUCAUGGAUUCAUUUGAUGACAUCCGAAACCAUGCUGCUACGGUACUCAGAUGGAUUUUCUCGGAUAGCCGGUACAGGAACUUCCACUUGCUGGCCCGACAAGGCAAACCAAAUCCCACUGAAGAGCUCACAGAACUUCUGAGACGAGCUGAAAACCUUGCUCGCAAGACUGCUCGAGCCGAUCAUUCAGACGGUGUCGCCAGAGUAUCUCAGCUACUGUAUAGGUUCUCUGAAAAUGAGCAACAUCGAGUCGCACUACUUUCAAAGCUGAUAGGAGGCCUGGAAGCAAGGCUAGCAGUCGCUGAGAAGGAUCUCGGCAGAGCGGUCCUAGAUGCGCCGCUGCACGGUGAUUUUGCUUCCCUGUGCUACAUGUGGCAGGUGGUUUCAGAGCUUCAGUUUUCUGAAGGCGAGUUACAGUCCAUACAGGCUCUGCAAGACACUCUGGUCACUUGCUGCGAAAGAGUCUGGGCAGCAGUCCGUGACAUUCUCUGUGAUGACUCGCCUGAAGGCCAUUUGCCUCAAGAGCUAGAAGAGGUUGAUGGACUCGACACCAAAGAUGUGUUGAGCUAUAGCUUCCGAUCUGUACAUGAAGCCAGCAAUCUCAUGCGCAUCAUUAUCCUCUCUAUCAAGCAACACUCCCGCCCAGGCAGAAUCUGCCCGUCAAAGGAAGCUUAUGAGAGAAUAGGAAGCUUAUCAUUUACCCAACUAGCCAGUCUAAGACAUCGCGGCGCUUUUACGACUGUCGCCCUUACUUUCUCUACAUGCUGCCAACUUGUCAAGCACCUGGACCAAGCCAAAGCUGGCACCGAGAGUGGUACUGCUCUUCUUGAGCAGUGGUAUGCCGGCACAUUAGAAGCCAUCAACGCUCAAGUAUCGACCACUCGGCGAUCUGCCGGCAUCCCUGCGAUGAUGACAGGCGUCUUAUCCGCCAAUGUGUCUAAUCCUUCAUUUGAACAAGUCAUGAACAAGCUCAUGGAGAUUGCCAGCCAAGAAGCCCGCGUCACUGAGACCGACGGUUCGAAUCUUCCCCAGGUCCAUGCUUAUAAUUGCCUGAAGGAGAUCUUCAAGAGCUCCUACUUGACAGCCAUGGGCAACAAGUCUGAGAAAUUUUUACCGCAGUGUCUCGAGCUGGCGGCCAAUGGCCUCAAGUCUGAACUAUGGGCCAUCCGUAACUGCGGCUUGAUCCUACUCCGGAGUCUGAUAGACUGUCUCUUUGGAUCCCAUCAGAGCAAAGCGCUCAUGGAAGCAGGAUGGGAUGGUAAAGCCAACCGGAUAGCCUACCACCGAUACCUUUCCCUUCCAGGGACUCUCCUCCACCUCCUGAAGUCAGGCCACCAGAUGAUGACGUCCAUUGCCGCCAGUUCAGCUGCGGCUGAGUCAGUCUUCCCAGCCCUUGACAUCAUUCGAAGAGCCGGCCCCCCUGAGGUACUUCGUGAAGAGCUCCAGAUACAUAUAGCAAAGUAUCUGGCCAGCCCGGUGUGGCACGUCCGCGAGAUUGCAGCCCGAACUCUAUGCUCGUGUCUCCUGCACGCUCAAUGGCUCGAUACUAUCACCAGUAUUGCCGCUGAGUCUGUUCGCUCUCAAAUCGGGAAUGUUCAGAAUCACGUCCAUGGCGUUCUGUUGGCACUAAAGUAUAUCGUAGACCGUUUGAGCGAGGUUAUGCCUGAGCAGUUGCAACGCGACAUACCCAAGCUCUCCGGUUUCCUCAUCGAGUACUGGCGCGAAAUUCAGGCCUUGGAGUCACCUGAAAUUCCUGCCGCGUAUCUUGAGGUCACAAAUCUUGUACGAGCUCUCCCCAGGCCUGGGUCAACUGAUCCUAUUCAACUCGAAUUCCCUAUCCCCAACAACCGAGAGGGGGCUCUACUCAGGGCACAGAGGGUAAUCCACGAAGUCCACUCUAUCGCCGAGGGUAGUGGCCCCAUCGAAAAUCUUAACACAUUAUUCCUGAGCACGACCAUGGGCGUCAACACGAUAGUGGCUGGCCUUGGGACAGUUCCUAAGCUUUGGGACGUUUCUCGCUUCUCAGAGCAAGACCUGGGCAAGUUCUGCAAUCUGUACCGUGAUGUUUGUGUCAAAAUUGGACCCGUUGAGCCUCGGGUUAUUGCUCUACAGAACCUCACAGAGAUCCUGGACCAGGUUCUGAAGAGUGGAACAAUCAGCCUCGUUUCGCCGGAUCUGCUUCUGGAGGUUUGGAGCAGCCUGCCACCGAGUUCUAUCAACCCUGCCCUCGCCAACGCGGUAAUCAGAAUCAGUGGCUGUAUCAUCGCCAUCCUCAGUAGAGCACAAGUUGUCACCCCAGCGGGAAUCAAGAACUGGGGACAUAUGAUGGCCGAUGCUGGUCUGGAUGACAAGGAUUUUGAUACUCGUCUCGCUACAGUCGAAUCACUCUGCUCAUUCUUCUCUGUCAUUGAGGUUGGCAAAUCAUGGGUUCAAGAAGAACACCUCGCAGCUAUCCUCGCUCUCUAUGACUCCCUCAACGACGACGACGACGAUAUUCGAGACGUGGGAUCAGCAGCAGUCCAGAGCAUUUUAGGUAAAGCUCUUGUACCUAUUGAAGCGGCAAAUCGUCUUCUCUUAUGGCUAGCCCAGCACUACGCCAGUAGCCCAACGUUCCGCCAGGUCGUUGUGCGUCGCGUCAUGGGUGAUUCUCGGUACCCAACCCCCGAGGACAACGUGAUUUCUAUUCAGGACCAGCUGCAGGAGGCAAUGAAGUUUGAUGAUUCACUUUUUGUGAUUGAGGAGCAGAAUUUGUUCGUGGAUGAGGUCAGAGAAACACAGCGCUGGAUUGCUCUCUAUGACAUCCUAACAUGGGAGUCUAAUGACCCAUCUCUCGACUCACUUACAAAAUGGACCGGCACCGGGUUAGAAGUGAUGGAGGACCUCGCGAGCCAAGAAGACGGUCCCCUUGGAUAUGCGUCAAAGCCAGAGGUCUUCGCCAUCCUAUCACGGGUUGUUCGUGCUUCUGCAGCGAUAGCAAGGAAACAGCCUGAUUCUGGUCUUUGCGAGAGGAUCAACAAGUCAGGCAGUGUUGUGCAAGGCGGCCUGGGACAUAUGUCAGGUCUUUUGUUACAGUCUUUCUAG